AUGCCUGAAACCGGCUUACUCUGCCACAGUCUCGAAGCUACGCUCUCUAUCGCGGCUAUUAACAUGACUACAGAGACUCGAAAGAACAUUUCUAUUUUUACUCAUACAACUCUCUGUGUGUUUUCGACGCCUAGACCCGACCUAUGCAUGCCAUAUCAGCUACUCUCUGUUCUAUACCCGCUAAGACUAACUGAUCUACAGACUAAUAUAAGCCCAGGCUUGUCUGCUUGUCUGCUUGUCUGUGUCACAAAUGGAGAAUUGGUACGUCUUUUGGCGGCCCAUCUGGCCUCAGUCGUUGGCUCCCGCUUGUUCUGCGAAAGCAGCGAUGCCUGUAGGGUCGGGCCACAACUGGUCGAGGUGCAUGUUUAUGUCAAAUAUGUACUGUCGGUGGCCAACUCACCAACAAGUGACCGCUUAAAUGACGUCUAUCGUGAGACCUUGACUGCAGACGACGCGUCCUUCACGGGUCAUCGGGUUUGGUUGUCCAGACCCAGACAAAAAAGUCUUGAUGUCCACCGGAUGCAGCGUCGUCAGGGUUGUAGCAAGGUCGACCAACACUUUUCUCCUCGCCUCUAA